UGUGUUUGUACAGUGAAUUUGUGAAGAAGGAUCGUCAGCUUCGCAAAUCUCCAAGCGCAGCACCAUGGAUCUCUCCCCUGUUACGGAAGCUUUAGCCGUCAAAUCCUUCGAUAAAAUCGCCGAUAUCUGCGAUAAUCUCAUGCUUCAGGUUGCUUCCGAAGGAAUCUCUUUCCAUGAUGACUGGCCUUACGCAAUCCAUCUUCUCGGUUACUUCUACGUUGACGAUUGUGAUAGCGCUCGUUUCCUCUGGAAGACAAUACCUACAAGUGUGAAGGAAAGCAAGCCUGAAGUUGUUGCUGCUUGGAGGAUUGGUCAGAGGCUCUGGACACGUGACUACGCAGGUGUGUAUGAAGCUAUUCGGGGUUAUGAUUGGAGUCCAGAAGCUAAAGAUAUGGUUGCUGCAUUCUCAGACGUUUACACCAAAAGGAUGUUUCAGCUUUUGUUGUCUGCCUACUCCACAAUUGCCAUCCGCGUUUUGGCUCUUUUCCUAGGGAUGACAGAAGAUGAUGCCACAACUUAUGUUGUGGAGAAUGGGUGGACAGUGGAUACAGCAUCUCAAAUGGUGACUGUGAAGAAGCAAGCUGUUAAAAGAGAGCAAAAGGUGGAUUCAUCCAAGCUGCAACGCUUGACGGAGUAUGUGUUCCACCUUGAACACUAAACUCCUAAUUUAUGGGUUUCAGAUUAGCGAAAACUAAAAAGAUCAAACAAAAAUUUGUUUCGAAAAGAUGGCUAUAGCUUCAGUUUUUUUUUGAGAUUUAUUUCAGAAGUUUCUAAUCGA